AUGGAACAGAGUAACGAGGAGGAUGGGUUCAUAUACAUUAAAGAAUUUUCUUCUAUCCUAAGGGAAGUUUUGACUCUAAAACCUUUUUUUUUUUUUUGUUCCAACCCGUCCUCCUCUUCGAUCCGAUUCCUCUCCUCAAAUCUGUCCAUCACUUCGGCGGGAUCUGGUCUCAUCUCUCUCCAAUCGUCGCCCGUCGCUCACCAUCUCCCUUUCCCCAGACCGGAAGGUCGAGCUCGAGUGGACGGAGUCACGGAGGUACCGCGGGGUGCGGUGGAGAUCCCCAGAAGCACAGCUGCUCCUCUCCUUCGACAUCGCCAUCGAAGCCAUGAGAGCGUACGACCACGCUGCCUUCUAGAUCCGCGCUGCUCCUCUCCUUCGACAUCGCCAUCGAGCCAUGAGGGCAUACGACCACGCUGCCUUCCAGAUGCGCGGCUGCUCCUCCUCCGGCUGAACUGCUAUGAUCGCUGCGAGAUUCCCAAUCCUCCGACCGAUGGAUGUCUCCGUUCUCUUGUAGCGGCUGACGGCAAUCGGCGAUGUCAGGGAGUUUGCCCCAGAUCGUGGUGCUUUGCUGGUGAACCAAAUUAUCCCACUUGGCGGCUGGCUAUGAUCAAUGCAUUGCAUGCCAAUAACAAGUAUGCUUUUAUCUCUGGAAGUCUUGGACAACCUUCUGAUAACAGCUCUGAUCUUGAGUCAUGGAUGAGUGUAAUGCCAUGGUUAUAUCUUGGCUUUUUAAUUCCUUGGCUCCUGAGCUACAUGAUAGUGUAGCUUACUUUGAGAAUGCAAGAGUAAUGUGGCUUGAUUUAGAAGAGAGGUUCUCCCAAGGCAAUGCUCCGCUAUUCAUGAACUCAAGAGAGAGAUCGUGCUUUGCAGUCAAAAAACAAUAAGCAUUGCUGCUUACUAUACAAAGUUGAAAGGUUUUUGGGAAGAGCUUGCUACAUACUCUGUUGUGCCUCAAUGCUCAUGUGGAGUGGCAAAAGAUUUAUCAUUGAGCGAGACAAUGAGAAGGUCCAUCGGCUCCUUAUGGGACUUGAUGAUUGUUAUGGAGUGGUGCGAUCUCAAAUUCUCAACACUGAACCCCUCCCUAGCCUUAAUAAGGCAUAUGCAUUGGUAUCUCGAGAGGAGAAUUAAGCAACAAAACUUGGUUGCCAAUCGAUCCGCUAUGACUGACGUAGCUGCCUUUAUUGUGAAGAAUUCUCGUAGCAAUAAGCAAGUUUCUACGAAAUCUGGAGGACUACGGCCCAAGUGUGAUAAUUGUGGUAAGUUGGGUCAUCGAAAAGAAAUAUGUUUUGAACUUAUUGGCUAUGCUGUACAUUGGAGGUCCGGGGGAGAUCUUUGAAAGGAUGCACGAUUUCUGAUGCAACGGCUAACAACGCCUCCUCGGGUUCUCUUUCUCCAUCCACUGGAACCCAUGAAUCAUCUCUUAUCACGGUGGACACAGGAACAACAUGAUCAGUUCAUGUCCCUCCUAUCUAUUCCCAAGUCUUCCACAGUUAACUUUGUUUGCAAGGUUACCUCUUCCAAUGAAAAUUCUGAUUGGAUUUUAGACAGUGGAGCUUCGGAGCACAUUAUCUUUUCUAAAACUCUUCUGUUUGAUUCACAAGAUUGCAAUCCUAGUUUGCCUGUUCUCUUACCUAAUGGUAAUUUAAUUCCAGUUCAAUCCCUUGGGAAAGCUUUAAUGUCCAGUUUUGUUCUACAUAAUAAUGUUCUUUACAUACUAUCUUUCCAUUGUAACAUAGCUUCUAUUAGCAAGUUAACAAGAGAUUAUCAUUGUGCUGUGACAUUCUUUCCCACCUUUUGUAGGCUGAGUGGAAUGGGUAAGAUGAAAGAUGGCUCAUAUCACUUCAAGAAAGUUUGCAUUCCUCUUAUUGCAGCUA